AUGUCAAAUACUCAUUCAAAAUCUGAAUUGAUCGUAUCUUCGACAUCGAAUUUUGAUCCAAUUAAUUUAGAAUCUGAAAUUCUUCAAUUAUGUCUUCAAUAUCCUAAUGGUGUUAGUAAUAAAAUUCUUGAAAAAUCAUUUCCUAAUGUCACAUUAGAACAACGUGUUAAUGCCUUAAAUCGUUUAUCAUCAUUACAAAAAAUUGAUUUCUUAAAAUCUUUAAAUGAACCAAGUUCAUUUAUUUAUCGUAUACGAGAUCCAAUGAAUAAAUCAAAUUCAUCAAUAUCAAUUGGUAAUGAAACAACAGAUCAAAUGGAAAGAAUAGUUUAUCAAGUUGUUAAAGAAAGUGGAAAUUUAGGUAUUUGGAUACGUGAUAUUAGAUUUAAAAUACAAUUAUCUCCAACAAUACUUAAUAAAACACUUAAAUCAUUAGAAAAUAAACAAUUAAUUAAAGCUGUCAAAUCAGUACAUGCCAAUAAGAGAAAAGUAAAACAAAAAAAGAAAAUUUCUUUUUUUUUUUAAAUAAAUGAGGACUAUAAAACUUUAACUACAGAAUGGCAUGUAUGUAAGGCGUAUGCAAUUUGAACAAAAUUUUUCUUUUGUUACAGCUGAAUAGAGAUCGUUGAAUUACCUAUAAAAAUCUUCGUCAUGACAUAUUCAAUAUAAUUUAGCAAAAAUAGAUUAAAAAACAAUCAAAAAAAUUUAUGUACACCAAAAGUAUCACGUCUCUUAUAGUCUCAAUAUUUAUACAAAUGUUUCUUUGGCUUUAAGUUCUAAUGAUUAAAGACGUUGAAUGAAAUCUUUUAUUUAUGGUAUUUUGUGCUAUCAUAUUGAAAAAACUCGAUUUUCUCAACAAUCAAACAAUAUUUAUUCGUAAAAGCAUGUA